GUUAGAUGACUCCGCCCUUGAGUCAGAGGAAGGCCACCAGUGCGCAGCCAAUCAAAUCAAGAACAUGCCAGACAAUGUCCUGAUCCAGGAGUCGGGGAAACUGAUCAUCAUUAUGGAUUUACUGGACCAGAUGAAGCGGGAGGGACAUCGCUGUCUCGUCUUCUCUCAGUCCAGGAAGAUGCUGGACAUUAUCCAACAGCUUAUCUCCAACAGGGGUCACAAGGUCAUGCGGCUGGAUGGCACUAUUACUCAGCUGAGCGAGAGAGACAGAAGAAUCGCCACAUUCCAGGAGGACAUGAGUUACUCCGUGUUCCUACUCACAACACAGGUGGGAGGUGUGGGUCUGACUUUGACAGCUGCAGAUAGAGUCAUCAUAUAUGAUCCUAGCUGGAACCCUGCCACUGAUGCCCAGGCUGUGGAUAGGGUCUUCAGGAUUGGUCAGGAUAAAAAUGUCGUUAUCUACCGCCUCAUUACGUGUGGUACAGUGGAGGAGAAAAUCUACCGCAGACAGAUAUUUAAAGACUCCAUAACCCGCCAGACAACCGGGAACUCCAAAAAUCCCUACAGGUACUUCACAAAGCAGGAGCUGAGAGAGUUGUUUACCCUUGACAAUCCACGGAUCUCGAAGACUCAGCAGCAGCUCGAGGAGAUGCACAGUCACCAGAGAAAUACAGACUCGUCCCUCGACGCUCACAUCGCAUUUCUCUACUCACUCGAGAUAUUUGGUAUCAGUGAUCAUGACUUGAUGUUUACCCAGGAGAAAUGCGACUUUGAAGACAACGGUGAAGCAGAGGUGGAACAUGGAGAUGACUACAUACAACACAGGGUACAAAAGGCAAAGGAGUUGCUUCAGAUGGAGUCAGAUUUAACACAGGAUUUUGAACAGAGAACCGGGAAAUACCAGAGAAAUGUUCCAGCUGGGCCGGAGGAUGCCGGGUCCCAGAAACCGUUCUCUCGCCCCUGGUCUGACUGGAAUCUCCAGGGGACGGUCAACACACAGGAGGAGGAGGAUGUCAAGGAUGUACAAGAGAUAGACUUGGAUGCUGAGAACGUUAAUGAUGAUGAUGACGAAGAAGAGGAAGACAAUGAAGUUAGAGAAGUGAAGACUGAAGUGUUGGAGACCAGUCAUAUUGACCUUGUGACCCCAGAGCCCACCCCCGUCAAGGGCAGCAAUAUGGUGGUGGAUCUGACUGCCACCACACCAGGAGUCAGAGUAAAGACAGAGCCAGAAUUAAACAAGACUGACAUCAAAAUGGAAUCUGAACAGACUGCAAUAAAGACUGAGGUGUUUAGUCCAGGACAACAUAUGGAGGCAGCAGAAUCAGAGGAGGAGGUGCAAACCAUCGAACAUUUGGGAAAUCUUUCUAUUAGGGCUAGUCCCAAAAGGAACUCUUUGGAUAAAGACAGUAUGUUAGAGCCUAUUUCAAAUGAUAGGGAAAAUAACACUUCCGAUAAUGGAGGUAUGGCUCCGAAAAACCGAGAUGAAGAGGGUGAUGUAGAAGAAGAGGAGGAUAUGGAGCAGACAGGUGAUGCUCUGUCAAAUGAAUCAGAGAGCGACAAAAAGGAGGAAUCUAUAAUCGAUUCGGAGGAUGAAGAAAAUAAAGAAAAUGUUCCUCUUUCACAAAUAAUAGCUUCAGCCAAGAGAUCAUCAGAUAUGUUCAGACUGAACAGAUCAACCGAUGGUCAGGCGAGGUCUCCCUUAGCCCCCAUCCUCAUAUCUCCAGCAAUCACUGACUCUCCUGCUAAGAAGAAGCCAAGAAGAAGUGUGUCUCAGAGUCCCUGGUUGAAAGAACCCCACGAGAAAAAGGUGGAAAAUACUGUGAGAGAAGAGGAAGUUUUUAUAUCCCCUGAUAGGUUCCGACCUCUGAUGGGAACAAAAUCAAAGGACAAUGCCAAUUUGCUCAAAAGUAGAAGUAACUUGAAUUCUACGAUUUUAUCGGCUUUCUCUGACAGUCCUCAGCCCA